AUGACGAUCUUAGCCCCUUAUGCUAAAGACCAUGAGAAACCAAACGGCCCUGGGGACGCACGACCUACAGCACUCAAGGUCAUUCGAGAUCAAAAUCUAGACGAUGCCCUCAGCGGUAGAGUUUACCUCGUCACAGGAUGCACCUCGGGCAUUGGUGUAGAAACCGUGCGGGCACUUCGUGCUGCCGGCGCUGACGUUUACUUUACCGGAAGAAACAAAGAGACCGGUCAAAAGCUAGUUGAAAAGUUCCUGCAGGACGGGAGGCCAGGCAAGAUAGCUUUCAUCGAGAUCCAUCUGGAUUCGUUGGCCAGCACCCUCGAUGGUGUAAAAGCAUUUAAACGCCUAAGCAGCACGCUCAACGGUCUAAUUUGUAACGCUGGUGUUGCUCACUACCCAAAGGAUGUCACUAAAGAUGGGUUCGAGACUCAUUUUGGUGUUAACCAUCUGGCGCACUUCGCCCUUUUCCAAGGCCUGAAAGACCUCCUAUUGAAAUCGGCCUCCAUUGACUAUCCGUCGCGCGUUGUAAUGGUUUCAUCGAUCGCUCAUCUCAGCAUGGAGCUCGACCUGGAGGACUACAACCUGGAAAAGAGCACUUACGAUGCUGGCAAAGCCUACGGCGCGUCGAAGACUGCGAAUAUUUGGAUGGCCAACGAGAUUGAACGGCUCUAUGGUUCGCAAAACCUUCAUGCAAACUCGGUCCAUCCCGGCGCUAUUCAUACGAUGGGUAUCCGGUAUAUAGGGGAAGCAGGUAUCCGAAUGCUGGAAUCUCCGAAGGUUGCGCCUGUUGUCAAGUCCCCGGAACAAGGAGCAGCAACCACAGUCUGGGCUGCAAUAGCAAGAGAAUUACAAGGUCGCGGUGGCCUGUACCUCUCUGAUGUUCAGGAAGGGAUACCAAUUCAGAAUUCCAAGGCCAGCAGCAUCACUUUUGCUCCGCAUGCAUUUAACAGAAAGUCUGAGGAACGAUUGUGGAAGCUUAGUACUGAACUGCUGCAGCACCAUCAAGAAGGAAGCGGUCAGAAAGCAUGA